AUGGAUACGUCUAUAGCUACCAAUGAUGAACAACAACUUAUACAAAUGUCUGCAUUAUCACCGGAAGAGAAUCCUGUAAUUAUGCGUGAAACAAUAAAUUUAAAUAAUAAUGAAAUAAAAGAACAAACAAAAGCUGAAAUUAAACAGCAAACAUUUGUUUUACGUUUAUUUUCAUGGCCUAUACGAAUUCUAACAUCAAUACACAUACCACAUUUUUCUGAUCAUGGUUUACGUGUAACAUUUCUCUUAUUUAUUACAUUGAUUGGUUUAACUAGUUUUACAAGCGCACUUAUUAUAGGUUCAAGUGUAGUACAAUUUAAACAACAAUGUCCAUUAUAUGCAUCAUUUAAAUUUGAAAGUGUAACAAAACUAGAUAAUAAUUACACAGUUAGACUUGUACAAAAUUCAGAAAGAUUUAGUCCACCAUCAACAUGUGAUUUUUGUACAUUCUAUAAUGUAUUCACAUUUAUUUAUUGUAUUAUGACAGGAUUUUUUUUUGUAUUAUUUAAUGGUGAUCAGAGAAUUGUUAAAUCAAAUGAUCGAUGUUUAAUUAUACCAUGGUUUCCAAUAUCUAUUACACUCGGUCUUUUGGGCUUAAUUAAUGCAUCUAUAUUAACAAAUGGUUUUCUAAAAUUUUGCUCAAGUAUUACCUCACAUGAUAGUCGUAUUGAUUCAUGUACUCUAUUAAAUCGAAUUUUUUUCGAACAAUAUCCAAAUGUUUCAUCAUUCUUUAUCUAUAUGCUUAUAGCUAUUAUAGGAUCAUGGAUUCAAUUAGCAUUUUUCAUUGGUGUUAUUGCUAUUCUUUUAAUUCGUCUCGGUUCGUCAUUCGACUGGAGUAAUAAUAAUAAUAACAAACAUCUAAAUGGAAAACCAAUUAACAUAAUUAUGCAAUCCAUCGAAAAACCGUAA